AUGGGUUGCGUACAGUCAUCUGGCAUCGACGAGGAGGCCAAGGCCCGCAAUGACGAGAUUGACAGCCAACUCAAGCGGGAUCGUGCCAUGGCGAGGAAUGAAAUAAAAAUGCUGUUGCUGGGAGCCGGAGAGUCGGGCAAGUCGACCGUGCUCAAGCAGAUGAAGCUCAUCCAUCAUGGAGGAUACAACGAUUCAGAGCGGGACUCAUAUAAAGAGAUCAUCUUCUCCAACACCAUCCAGUCCAUGCGCGCUAUCCUGGAAGCUCUGCCGGCUCUAGAUAUCCAGCUGUCACCACAGAAUGACGCUCGGAGAUCUUGCAUCCUCUCUCUGCCGGCGCAGAUCGAGGGUGAUGUGUUGGCCCCUGACAUCGCAGAUGCGGUUCGCGGCCUUUGGAGAGAUCCUGGUGUCAGGGAGGCUGUGAGCCGCUCGCGCGAGUUCCAGCUGAACGACUCGGCGGUAUACUACUUCAACGCGAUCGACCGCAUGGCAGCGCCAGGGUACCUGCCGACAGAUCAGGACAUCCUGCGGUCACGAGUAAAGACAACUGGUAUUACGGAGACAACAUUCAAGGUCGGCGAGCUGACAUACAAGCUCUUUGACGUCGGCGGUCAGCGGUCGGAACGGAAGAAGUGGAUCCACUGCUUCGAGAACGUGACGGCGCUGGUGUUCUUGGUCAGUCUGAGCGAGUACGAUCAAAUGCUGUACGAGGAUGAAAGUGUCAAUCGUAUGCAAGAAGCUCUGACACUCUUUGACUCGAUUUGCAAUUCGCGAUGGUUUGUCAAGACAUCCAUCAUUCUGUUCCUGAACAAGAUCGAUUUGUUCGCGGAGAAGCUCCCUCGGUCACCACUGGCUGACUACUUCCCAGACUACACAGGCGGCGACAACUAUGAUGCCGCCUGUGAUUAUCUGCUACAUCGCUUUGUCUCGCUCAAUCAGAGCGCUGCGACGAAACAGAUCUACGCACACUACACGUGUGCGACAGACACACAACAGAUCAAAUUCGUCCUUAGCGCCAUCCAGGACAUUCUCCUACAGAUCCACCUACGGGAGUGCGGUCUUCUGUGA